AUGUUUCGCUUCUCCAUAGCUCUCGUCCACAGACAGCUCACAGCGUCCUCGUUGGCGCUCGCCAGAACGCCCCCAAUUGCAGCCAUUCCACGAAGGACAUUCCAACGACUGUUCUCCAGCUCGAUGAUCAACUUCCAUGGCCACAUCCACAAACCCAAGCCUGGUGAAGAAUUGCAUAUCACAUUUGUUACCAAAGAUGGUAAGGCUUUCACCUACGAGGUCGCAGAGGGAGACACCAUCAUGGAUAUUGCUCAGGCCCAUGGGUUGGAUAUGGAGGGUGCCUGUGGAGGCUCCUGCGCCUGCUCCACCUGCCAUGUUAUCAUAGAUCCAGAGUACUACGAUGCCAUUCCUGAGCCUGAUGACGAUGAAAACGAUAUGUUGGAUUUGGCUUUUGGUUUAACUGAAACCUCACGAUUGGGCUGCCAGGUCAAAAUGUCCAAAGAACUAGAUGGAAUCAGAGUGGCUCUUCCCUCCAUGACCAGAAACCUCCAGAAGAGCGACUUCUCCUGA